AUGAAGCCUCGUGCAGCAUGGAAACAGUACAUGAGAGAGUUAUGUUUCUCCACCGAUUCAUCCGAUGAGGAAGAUGAGUUGGUCCUAGCGACGCUUACCGCAUGGCAUGCCGACGUUGAAGCUUCGCGCAGAGGGCCGUGGGGCGGCUCCGUCCCCGGGCACCGGCGCAUACCUAGGAAUCGGCUGGAGGGACACAAUCGGUUGUACAACGACUACUUUGCUGAGUCCGCAGUGUACCCUGACUACAUUUUUCGGCGCAGGUUCAGGAUGAAACGCGAUUUGCACUGCAAGAUUGUGAGGGAGGUUGAGGACCAUGACUCGUGGUUCAAGCAAAGGAGGAACGCUGCCGGAGAGCUUGGGCUGUCACCCCUGCAAAAAGUAACUGCCGCUUUCCGUAUAUUAGCUUACGAUGCUCCUGCAGAUUCUCUCGACGAGUGCCUCUGGCUAGGGGAGAGCACCAUCAUCGAGAGCAUGCGGCGUUUCGUGCGUGCCAUUGUCGAGGUGUUCGGUGACGAGUACCUUCGGGCUCCGAACGAGGAGGAUACUGUUCGAUUGUUGGAUAUGAACCAGCGUCGAGGGUUCCCCGGGAUGCUUGGAAGCAUCGAUUGCAUGCAUUGGAGGUGGAAGAACUGUCCCACGGCGUGGUCCGGUUCAUUGAACGACAUCAAUGUGCUGCACCGGUCUCAUCUCCUUGACAACCUUGCUGGGGGAGUAGCACCCAAGGUACACUACUCUAUUAAUGGCCACCAUUACAUGAUGGAGUACUAUCUUGCAGACGGGAUCUAUCCGGAGUGGGCGACAUUUGUGAAGCCCAUACCAGCUCCAGUAGGCCGGAAGCGUCAACACUUCAUGGUGCAGCAGGCGGCUGCACGAAAGGAUGUUGAGCGGGCAUUUGGAGUGUUGCAGUCCAGGGUACUUUCAGCUACACUUAAUAAGUGA